GGGAAAAUAGAAUCUGGGUUGUACGGUUGGCAGUAAAAUAAACAAUGGCGCAUAAGGGCUAGUAAUGGUUCUGGGGUCAAAUUUGUUUUUAUUAUGGUUUUUUGGAUUACCUCAUUCAUCAAAGUUAUGAUGGUGGAGGGUAUAGAUAAUAAUACUGUAUCAAAAUGAUUCUCAACAUAUCAAUAUAUUCGAGUAUCCAAGUCCUAAUGAAAAUGUUAUAGAAUGGCUUCUAAUUCGUACAACAGGGUGGAAUGGGUGGAAAUAAUCGAGCCCAGGACACAAGAACAUAUGUAUGCCAAUCUGGCUACAGGAGAAUGUGUGUGGGAUCCUCCAGAAGGUGUACCUGUCAAACGAACAGAUUCGAACCAGUGGUGGGAACUUUUCGAUCAAAAUACAGCUAGAUUUUACUAUUAUAAUGCUACAUCACAAAGAACAGUAUGGCAUAAACCUACCAAUUGCGAUAUUAUACCUCUAGCCAAGUUACAAACUUUGAAACAUAAUACAGAUUGUACUCCAACUGUAACCAAUCAUCAAUCAACACAAACUGGACAUCUUACAGAACGUGGACAAGUACUCAGUUUAUCAGCAAGUACUCCACAGUUGAGACGUAAACCUAGUGAUUUAUGUAGGAGUAGCAGUUUCAGUCAGAGGGGAGCUGAAGCGCCCUUAUACUCAAAUUGGCAUGAUUCUCAGCUCCUACCAUUGGAGCAUUUUUUACUCAACAAUAGCCGUGAUUCUGAUAGUGAUCAUUCUGAUAGUGGUAGUGAAUCUCUAACUGGUCAUGAACCUGACAAUGAAGAUUCUGAUCAAUCAGAAGGUAGUUUCUUACCCCAUCGUUUUUCACAUAGACCUGCUGAGUAUUUGAAUCUUCCUACAGCAGCUAGUACAGAACCAAGAGAUAGAGAAAUAAAGGAAAGACCCACAGUGCCCCUCUUAAAACCAUUAGCUGAACCUCCUUUACAACCAGAAAGAGAAGCGGAUAUGGAAAAAUUUGCUGUUGACAAUCUCAAUUUAGGUGGUAGAGGUUUAUUUAGGAGAAAAGCUAGUGUCAGAGAUUUACUUAGUUGGUCAGCAAGGAGUCUUCAGAGACCUUUAUUAGCAUCUAGUAAACCUGUAGCUCGUCAAGCAUUAGAUAUGUUCCGUCAAGUACAAAUGUAUAUGGGUGAUAGGAAAGCAAGACCUGGUAUUUCUUUAAAUUCUCUUUUAAUGGAAAUAUUGGGUGCUGCACAUAUGCAGGCUCUACUUAGAGAUGAACUUUUUGUACAGUUGUGCAGACAAACUACUGAAAAUCCUAGAAAGGAUUCAUUAGUGAGGGGUUGGGAGCUACUUACGAUAGCCCUUGCAUUUGUCCCUCCUAGUCCAGUAUUUCAGCCAGCACUCUUAGGAUACCUUAAUAGACAUAGAGAUCCUACAUUCUCUAGAGUUUUCCCUGAUGUAAAUAGAUGGCCAAUACAUGUUCAAGUAAACCAUUAUGCAACAGUGGCGUGCCAAAGAUUAGAGAGAAUAGGUGCAGGUGGUAAACGAACUGCUCGGCGUCCUCAAUUAGAUGAUAUUGAAGCCGCUCGGAAGCAAAUAUUCCAUUCAAGUUUAUUUGGAAACACGUUGCGGGAAGUUAUGCAGCUUCAAGCGAACCGAUGGCCAAACCGAAGAUUGCCAUGGCCUCAAGUAGAGCUUUCCCAACAAGUUCUAAAGCUGCAAGGGUUGACUACUGAGGGAAUUUUUCGUGUAUCAGCUGACGUAGACGAAGUAAAUCGAUUGAAAGCGCAAAUGGAUGCGUGGGAAAUAAGCGAGCCAAGUGACGCGCACGUACCUGCAAAUCUUCUCAAACUAUGGUUGCGUGAGUUAUAUGAACCCUUAAUUCCUGAUUCGUUAUAUCCUGAAUGUGUAGCUGAACCCAUGACUCCUCGACGCGCGUGUGAUCUAGUUCUUCGACUACCCACUCUUCAUAGGCUUGUAUUAUGCUAUCUUAUUAGGUUUCUGCAAACCUUUAAUAAACCUGAGGUCAUACAGCACACCAAAAUGGAUGCCUCUAAUUUAGCCAUGGUCUUUGCCCCAAACUGCUUAAGAUGCAUGGCUAGUGACCCUCGUACUAUGUUUGACAACGCACGUAAAGAGAUGGCGUUUAUGAGAUGCCUCAUACAGGAACUUGAUACUGAAUGUGUUCGAGAUAUGAUCUGACCUCCACUUAUAUGUAUAUAUAACAUAUUUAUACAAACAUACCAUUUAUUGUAACAUUUUUUAUUGUGAAAAUAGAUAUUUCCUUGUGA